AUGGGUUUUCGUACACUCAAUUUCGAUUGGAGAGGUCAGAGUGAAACAUCUGGAUCAAGAGUUAUGUCUACUGGUGAAGAAGGUCACUUGGUACAGAAUCUUAAUGAAAGAUUCAGAGGUGGACUUAAUAAAUGGCAUCAACGUCGCCGUAGAGCUAGAGGCAGUGGAGAAGGCAUAAGCGGAAGAAACCAAAAUGGUCGGCCGCAUGAGACACCCGAUGGUGGGGAUGUCCCAUCAAGUGGGGGUUUUCGUACACUCAAUUUCGAUUGGAGUGGCAAGAGUGAAACAUCUGGAUCAAGAGUUAUGUCUACUGGUGAAGAAGGUCACUUGGUACAGAAUCUUAAUGAAAGAUUCAGAGGUGGACUUAAUAAAUGGCAUCAACGUCGUCGUAGAGCUAGAGGCGGUGGAGAAGGCAUAAGCGGAAGAAACCAAAAUGGUCGGCCGCAUGAGACACCCGAUGGUGGGGAUGUCCCAUCAAGUGGGGGUUUUCGUACACUCAAUUUCGAUUGGAGAGGUCAGAGUGAAACAUCUGGAUCAAGAGUUAUGUCUACUGGUGAAGAAGGUCACUUGGUACAGAAUCUUAAUGAAAGAUUCAGAGGUGGACUUAAUAAAUGGCGUCAACGUCGUCGUAGAGCUAGAGGCGGUGGAGAAGGCAUAAGCGGAAGAAACCAAAAUGGUCGGCCGCAUGAGACACCCGAUGGUGGGGAUGUCCCAUCAAGUGGGGUACAAGAUGAAAAUCGGUCAAGCGGUGGAGGUGGAAGAGACGAACGUCGACGUCGUCAAGUUUUUAGUGAUGAAAAUGCUUGUGGUGGUGCAAGUCGCGGUGAAGCUGGUGAUGUCAGUUACCGCAGUGCGCCAAACGAAAUGAGAGAAGAAGCCAGAGGUGCAAAUGAUAUGAUUGUCUAUUUACCUUUUGAUUGUACAUACCAUCAUCAAUGCUACUUCCCGUACUAUCCACAAAGUUUUAUAUCAGUGUAUUUUCCUCCGCCUGAUCUCUGUUCUGCAGGUGUUUUUCGUAGAAUUUGUUAUAAUUGUUAUAAAGGAUUUGAACAUUUCUUACAACUAUCAAAUAUUGAUUAUUCGCUUGGUUUUUAUAAUACACAAGAACAACAAGGUGGAUAUUAUGCUGAUUGGCAUCAAUGCGGUAGAGUCUGUUAUGAUAAUCAAAAUAAUAUCGAUAUAUCAUCAGAUUGUAAAGAAAAUUAUGAUCCUGAGAGUAAUAAUCAAGUGGAAAUUGAUUUAUCAUCGUCUCUGAAGCAUAUCCAUGACAAUGAGGACACGACUACUACUCCUGUUACAAGAAGAAGAACAACAAAAAUAGCUACUACUACUGCCACUAUAGAUCAUCAAAAAGGUCUUGAUAUGACAUAAUUGUGUCUACAAGGUCAAUAAGUUAUCGUUAGAGUUGUAGUAGCGUCUACUUGUAGCUCUUUCAAUAGAUUUCAAUCAAUGAUCAACGAUGCAUCGUUUUUGUUGCAUUUCAUUUCAUUGCUCAUCGACACAUAAGAUACAGACGUCAAGUUUCCUUGUUGUGUUAUACUUUCUUUUGCCGAGGUAUUUCCGUUUCUAAUAUUAAAACAUUUAUUAGUAUUAUUAUUCUUCCUAUUUUGUUUAACAAGAGUUUGUUUUUGUCUGUUCAUUUUUGUUAAUAUCGCUGAAAUGCUUCGCCGAACAAUUCAUCAAUCAUGUAUUCCUUUUUCUACAUAAGAAAACUUUUUGUCAAUAACGACGAAAAUCCGAACACUGGAUACAUGAUAGCUUUUGUUUCCCGGUAGUUAUCAUGAGUUCUGUAAAUUUUGUUAUUUACCAUGUUGACAGGGUAUUGAACCGAGUGAGUGAUUUGUAUCGCUCGUACGUACAAUUGUGUUUAUUUACAUAUUCGUUAUUGACGCUGACAUUUUUGUACACCUUGUUUUUUUCUGACAAUCUUUAUGGAGAAAACAAUUGCGUUC